AAAAAGACUUUAAACUGUAAUAUAAUCCACUUCAUAAUUUAGUCAGCAACUCAACACAUAAAUUCAUCAUAGAAAAGCCAACAGUAUUUCCUCAGUCAAAUCCUGAUUCGUUUACAAAUCGAAAGAAAGCUUUUAAAGAUAUUCGAUUUCGCAGUCCCCUUUCUAGCCAUAGAAAAUGGUAGAUAUUCUUGAAUUUUAGUUCCACACCAUGCAGAAGUACUGCUACUGGCUGCUUUAUUACCCCACUCAUAUCCUACUACAUGUAAAAAGUAGUACAGCAGUAAAGGAAUUUUAUCCUUUCCUUCUAUUCAUGGCUAUAGUAUAUCAUGUGGGAUCUAUAAAAUAAAUGAAAAAAAUAGAUACUCAUGUUACAAGAAAUUUUGAUCAAUGACAUGCAUAAAAACAUGAUAUAUUAUACUUAAAAAAAUAGAAACCAAUCAGCUGGCAAAUCGAUCUGAGAUGAUUGAUUUGGCGAGAGAAGAGAAGAAAACAAAAAUUAAUAGAGCGAUUGGCAGGUUAGAGAGGGGAAUUAGAAUCAAUGAGUGGGAUUUCUAUGUUAGAGGAAGGAGAUGAAGAAGGAAAUGAGAAUGGGUGGAUAGACAGAAGAGAAUGGUUGAAAAUUACUCUAGUAGAACAUAUUUUUAAAUGUCAUUUUCAUACUACAAAAUUUUAUUUUAAGUAAUUAAAAACAUGUUUUAGAGUAAUCUAAACACAAUAAAGUAAAAGUGAUUUUAACAUUUUUAAAAUCACUCUCAAAAUAUUGAAAAAGAAAGAACCUAUCAAGUCUCUAAAAUGUAUGCUAUCCUAGCUGUAUAAAAUUAAAUCAAAUUGGUUAAGGCUCAAGUAACUACAGGAAAACGAUACGAGUGUAAUACACGUCUCAAAUAAUGCUCCAAAUUUCAAUGUCUCCACGAACUCUAAUAUAUUUUAAAAAAUAAAAGAAAUAAUGCAUCAAGUCUCUGGAUGCAUGCUUGCCUUGCUCUAUAAAUACGAGCUCAUCUUGAGUUAACGAAACUUGCAUUCCAAGUUGGAUUACCAAGAGCUUUAACAUUGGUCUAAAUUUAUUUCUUCAGAACUCUGUUUCUAACUCUCUACUCUCUAUGGCUCCAGUGCCUAGUUCUCCCGUCAACGUAGGACACAUCGAUGAUGUGCAAGAACUCAGGAAGUUUAAGCCUAACACUAUUCCCGAAAGAUUUAUCAGGGGCGUACAAGAGAGGCCAACACCAACAGCUUUAAUCUCAUCCUCUGAUCUUCCCACUAUUGAUUUAUCCAAACUUUUAAAAGGAAACAGAGAUGAAAUAUUGCAGCUAGCCUCUGCCUGCGAGGAAUGGGGAUUUUUUCAGGUAAUUAAUCAUGGAAUUGCUCUAAACCUACUAGAAAGCAUUGAGGGGGAGGCAAUGGAAUUCUUCGGGCUACCUUUGGAGGAAAAGCAGAAGUACCGAAUGGCACCGGGCACAGUUCAAGGAUACGGGCAAGCUUUUGUGUUCUCAGAGCACCAAAAGUUGGAUUGGUGUAACAUGUUUGCUCUGGGGGUUAUACCCGACUCUAUAAGAAACCCACUAUUAUGGCCAAAGAAGCCAACAAACUUCAGCAAUACUGUUGAGAUUUACUCUAAAGAAGCAAGAAAGCUUUGCCAGAAUCUAUUGAAGUACAUAGCUUUAGGCCUUGGCCUAAAUGAGGACGUAUUUGAAAAGGCGUUUGGGGUGGCCGUACAGGCAAUAAGGAUGAAUUACUAUCCACCAUGUUCAAGACCUGAUCUUGUUUUGGGGCUGAGCCCACACUCCGAUGGAAGUGCUUUAACUGUUUUGCAGCAAGGAAAGGGCAACUCAGUAGGGCUUCAGAUCCUUAAGGACGACAAGUGGGUUCCUGUUCAACCUCUCCCAAAUGCACUUGUGAUCAACAUUGGCGAUACAAUGGAGGUUGUUACAAAUGGCAGGUACAAAAGCGUGGAGCACCGAGCUGUGACUCACAAGCAGACUGACCGACUUUCGAUAGUCACAUUUUAUGCACCUAGCUAUGACAUAGAGCUUGGACCAAUGCCAGAGUUCGUGGAUAAAAACAAUCCAUGCAAAUAUAGAAGAUAUAGUCAUGGAGAAUACAGUAAACACUAUGUCACAAACAAGUUACAAGGAAAGAAAACCCUGGAGUUCGCGAAGAUUUCAACCAAAAACUCCUACUAAAGCAUCACAACUUUCCCACCUAGGGAUACCAAUGCUCGAUACUGUAUAGAAUUUAGCAGAGCAGUAUUGUGACGUCAGCAUUCAGCUAAUAUUAGGGGGAAAA